GGACCUCCUCACUCUGCCUCUGUCCACCAUGAAGUCCUGUAUUCUGCUGUUGCUGGUGUUUUUCGGCUCCUCCUGUGGGGCCCCUGUGGAGCAGGAGGGCCUCGAGGAAGCAUCCUGUACUGACCCCGUGGUGCUGGGAGCUGCCAGACAGGCUAUGGACAAAAUCAACAAGGACCGAACGGAGGGAUAUGUGUACAGCCUGCGCGACCUGGCCAACGCCCACAUCCAGAAACAUGGGGAGAACAGCAUUUUGUUCUAUCUAACCAUGAAUGUUCUGGAGACUAACUGCAGCGUUCUCAGUAAGGCUCACUAUAAUGACUGUGAAGUACGGGACAUCGCCAGAACUCCGGUCUAUGGACAGUGCAAAGUGGCCAUCUUCAUCAGCAGAGUGCAUCGAGUGGUGAGGCUGUACAAGUACAACUGUGUGGUUAGACCAGUGCCUGCAGAGAAAGUGCACAGGAUUUGCCCUGACUGUCACUCACUUGUGGACAAGAACAAUGAAGAAAUCCAAAAGACAGUCUCUAAAAGUCUGGAGAAGUUCAACAAAGAGAGUGGACUGACCCAUCACUUUUCAUUGCUGCAAGUCACACGAGCCAGAGCAGGGUUUGGAAUGGGUAUGAUGUACAGCGCAGAGUACACCAUCCAGGAGACCACCUGUCCCAACAGUGCAGACAAGCCAGCAGACUGCCCCCCCAUGGACUGUGAGUUUGCUCACAAAGGCUUCUGCAGAGGCUCCGACGUCCGUGCUCCCAGUCCCACUGGUGAGGAUUACCUGAGUGUAAAAUGUGAGAUCUACGAGUCUGAGGCAUCUGAGAGAGAGAAGAAGCUGCAUCUGCUCGGUGGAGAGACGGACCACAGUCAUAACGACACUGAUGUGCAAGAGCAGGGCCACGAUCAUGUGCAUGACCACACCAAGGGCCACACCCAACAUGACAACACACAUAAACACACAGCCGACGACCAGCACCACCACACGCACGACCACAGCGGACACAGGCAUGCUCACGACCACUCCCACGACCAUGGGCACGGCCACGACCAUGUGCACGCCCACCACGACAAGGCGCACGACCACACCAACGACCACCCCAACCAGCACCACAAGUACCAGCACGCUGCCGAUGUAUCCACCCACCAGCAUGACCAUGAGAUGGCACUAGACCAUGACCACAAGCACGCUCACCUUCACGAGCACGAGCACCACCAUCACCACCACGGCCACCAGCACGAGAACACCCCCCAUGACCACCCGGAGGGCAUUUGGAGACAGAUCCCUCCCCUGGGGGCAAUCGCCACUCUGCCAGCCUUCCCCGAUGUCCCAGCAGCUGGACCCGAGGUGGGCGUCACCCUGCCUCUCAAACCUGACCCUUCUAUCCCAGGGCAGACUGAGCCCAUCAUCAGGCCCUUCCCUACCAAAGUGUCUGCUCAGUGCCCCCCUCCCCUCCUUGCUGAUACCAUUGUGGGUCAGCUGUUUCUAGAAGAUCCUGAAUUCAAGGCAGCAGCAUAAGUUUCAACGGAAAUUACGGGGAAUGUGUAUUUUCAUUUUUCUUAAACUCUCAUUAAAAGACAAUAUUACAAAUAAUAAA